GUCACUGAAGCCAAACGGAGCAAUAAAGAUGCUGAACUACAAUUAGUAAUCAGCUAUUUUAUUCUUUUCUGGGUCGUUUUUCAUCCAAGUUUCGUGGAACUACAGCAACAUGYGUGGAGAAGAGUUUCGUUUGGCAAUGGUAAAACCGAAACAUGACAGACCUCGAGACUUUGCUGAAUCUCCGUGGUUUCCAUGGUAUCUAGUUGCCAUCUACCGUUUCAUAUUGGCCGUCUACUGCCUGGGCUGGAUGAUCUACAGUGGGUACUACUACAGACACGAUGGGCCAUUGUGGUUCAUUUGGCUCACUAAYUGGGGCUACUUCUGUGUUACUUUGUAUUUCAUMCUCGCUACUCUGGUCACMCUGUGGUACCACUGCAAAGAAAAGCAUCAGGUAGUGGUUGCCAUGGARAUGAGGMRAGUGGGGGAUCACCCCGUAGAAGUGGAARAYGAAAUGYCACUAAGAUGGCACCAUAAAGCAACAUGGGUGAUCUAUAACUUUACUGCUAAUAACGCAAUCCURAUAACAUGCCUCUACUGGGGACUGCUCUUYCGAGGUGGUGCUCUGGAGGGAUUAGAUGUCAGUACCCACCUCCUCAAYACAGUAUUCGUUAUGUUGGAGGUUAUCCUGUCCUCCAUACCCAUCCAUCUUCUUCACAUCGUCUAUUCAUCGUGUUUUGUUAUUGUCUACAUGGUGUUCACGGUGAUCUACUGGGCCGCUGGGGGUACGAAUCCAUUCGACGGAAAACCAUACAUUUACUCGUAUCUUGACUAUGAGUCUAGCCCUGGGCUAGCAGUGGGGYUGUUCUUUGGUUGUUUGUUAAUAGGAGGACCGUUAUGUCAGCUUAUACUUUUUGGAUUGUACAAGUUAAGGCAGCUGACUGCUAUGAAAUGUGGACGCGUGGACCAAUAGACAAAACCACGGGAGGCCCACAAUGGAUUGCCUGUGAGCUUUCUUGAAACCAUGAAAUUAAAUAUAUAAUUUUUAAUUUG